AUGUUUGCCCUGGCAAGUGCGACGUUACAUAUGUCGCUCCGGCCAAGAUGGUUUAUAGGCUUUGUCCUAUUCAUACCACCAGUAGAACACGCGGCCCACCUCCAAAAGUUACCCUAUAUCGGUACGCAACUUGGAUCGAGCAUUCCAGUUCUCAUGAGUGGUAUACAUGUAAUGGCUGUGCAAGUACCUGGCACCAAGGGGAAGCGUUUCUUUUGCGGAAGCCACUGGACUCUUGGCUGUUCUGUCAUGGUGUACCCUGAGAUGCAUCCGGAGCAUGGGUGUCCGUUUAGUAUGGCCCCUUUCGAAGUUGGAGCAUCAGCUGACUUCGGUGUAAAAUUUCCAUUACCGAAGUCGAGCUAA